UCAACUGCCUCACACUCUUCCAACGCUUCACGCCUCUCUCCUCCCUCCCCCGCGUCGACUCCUCCUCCUCCUCCCCAUCCCCAAUCCCGAUGGCGCGCCGCCUCCUCGCCGCCCUCCUCGCGGUGUCGCUCCUGCUGCCGCUCGCCCGCCCGGACUCCUCAAUCUCCUCCUCCCUCCCGGCCAACACCACCAGCACCGCGUACGACGAGCUCCGCCUCCGGGGCUUCCCGCGGGGCCUGCUCCCCGCCAACGUGCGGGGGUACACGCUCGACACCGGGUCCGGGGACUUCGCCGUCGACCUCCACUCCAGCUGCCGCAUCGUGCUGCCCGCGGGGAGCUACCUCGCCGCCUUCAACAACCGCCUCACGGGGCGGCUCGACGACCGCCGCAUCUCGGGCCUUAGCGGCAUCCGCGUCAGGGCCUUCUUCCGCUGGUGGUCCAUCACGGGGAUCCGUGCCGACGGGGACCAGCUCGUCUUCGAGGUUGGGUCGGUCUCCGCCAAGUUCCCCGCGCGGGACUUCAACGCCAGCCUCGAGUGCCCCGCCAAGGCUGACUCAUAAGACAGCAAGGUCAUCCUCUCGUCUGCUCCAUGAUACAUGACAUCAUAGAAUGGGCAGUUGGACUCCAGGCACUGAAGCACAUCGCUGUUUUUAGCUUCAUCUGUCUUUAUUGUAAUUGUAUAGUAGAUGCAUAAGACAGACUGGAUCGAUGAAAGCCAGUUGCCCUUAGGCGCCAAGAAACCCGGGAUUACCACGGAAGUGCUUCUCGUGUUUCAUUAGAAUGUACUGUAAUUGCACUACCUCAUGGUUUGAGAACCUUAUGUUCGGUUCUUGUCGUUGGUACUAUCAGUUUCUGAAGUAUAAUACCUGUAUAAGACUCCUGGCCUAAGAAGAAAAGGGGGUAUAAAGGCUCCUGGAGUCCUGGGGCAGAAUAAGAAUCUAUCUAUAUAAUAAUAAAUGCAUCGUGAAUAGAUGACCAUACGCA